AUGACGAUGCGGUACGAUACCCCCACGGCCACCUCCGCCGACGCUGAUGGCAAUGAGCCGCCACCUCAGCCACCACCAGAGGAUCAACCACCACCGGUUGCCCUUCUCAACAUCCGCUUCAUCACCACGGCUGGUGAGGAGCUGCACUUCAAGAUGAAGCCCACCACCCGCCUUUCCAAGGCCAUGAGCACCUACUGCGAUCGCUGGGGCCGCGCUCGCCAGGGUCUUCGCUUCCUCUUCGACGGAGAGCGUGUUCUUGACCAUCACACCCCCAAGGAUCUGGAUUUGGGCGAUGGCGACACCAUCGAGGUCCACGAGGAGCAAAUCGGCGGAGGAGUCUGA